AUGCGAUUACGGCAGCCAUUACCGUUACUCGCCGUCGGCGCGUCCUUGGUAGUGCUCUUGCCUUCUGCGCACGUCGCUCUCCCCUCAGCUGGUCUUGCCGGACUGGCACCCUCUGCUCGGCUGCGUGUCAUCUCCGCUGGUGCCUUCCACAACCUCGUGCUCUGGCUUGCGUUGACAUCUGUCUCAUGGCUCGGUUUCGGUACGCUCGUUUGGUCCUGCCUCGGAUACCGAGACGUCAGCGCGUACGGCAGGGUGGUCGUGGCCGUAGAGGAGAGCUCGCCGGUACAGGUUGCUCUUCCAGUCGGAGCGGUAAUUGUGCAGAUCGACGACGUGCUCUUGGCAUCGACGAAGCCUCCUCAUGAUAUAUGGUCGCUAUAUGCGUCAGAGGGCCACAAGUCGCUUGGUGCAGACGAUCUGGGAUGGUGCAUGAAUUCGGCGUGGUUCCUGAGUCAACCCGAAGGCUGCUGCGACACGAACGAAACGACGCCGAACUCCUCGUGCUUCACAGCCGACGCCGUCCAGUCUCGUCCUUCCGUCCCCCGCCAGAAGUGCGCGCCGACCCUCGAAGUCCUCCGCCCCGACCUCGAGGUGGCCAGGCGCUGUGCCGCCGCCGCAGACUGUGCCGAAGGGAACGAGUGCGUCAGGCUCAGGGAGGACCAGCACAUCAUGAGGGUGGACUUUGCCCCUCCCGGACACGAUGGCGGACACCAGACCAUGGUGUGGAGUGGGCCGCCCGAAGAGUUCUUCGAGGAUGUCGUGACCAGCGCCUACAUGCCGCAAUACUCGUUUCUGCCUCUGUGGCUUCCGGCUUUGUUCAGCACGACGUUCAGCUAUAUCUCCACCUUGACGAUGUCGUUGUACCUGUUCAACCUGCUCCCGCUCCCGUACCUCGACGGCUCGCAGCUGCUCGACGCCCUCGCGGACCUUGUCAUCCACGGCUCCUCUGACAGACCUUCCGGAGACGUAGAGCUGGGCGAGACGCAGCGCUCCGCUUCUCCAGGCGCGUCAAAGUGGCGUUGGCGCUGGUAUGCGCGCAUGAAGCAGGGCACGCAGCUCUCCCUAGAAUUGUUGCUUGUCGUAUGCCUGUUGUCUGCGCUCUGGCGCUCCUGGAGCUAGAUGGCCCGCAUCCCUUCCCCCAUUCCCACGCACAGUCUGCGGGCUCCGGAGAAGGCUGUGACCGAACUGAUCGGUGCGCGCUGCGGGGUCACCUAGCUGUGGUCGCAGCCCUCAGUUAGGGUUGGGUAUGUGGUACACGACUUCGGCGUUGGUUACGGCAUUUAUUCUCCCGUUUGCUCAUUGUCUGCGCAUCUGCCAAAGGUAUCGCCUGAAGAGUGAGUGCUUCCAGACGAC